UGUAAUAGUGCAUGAUCCACCGUCUUGCAAAAAUCUUGCUGUUUGUUACCUGAACGAAAUGUUUGAUACAUCGUAUAGAAAAAAAUCGGAUAUACAUUCUCCAUCUAUUCAAAAAGAAUAUGGUCAAAAAGAAACCAAUCUUCAAGCAAGAAGUUAUUACAAUGGUUUCGGAGCACCUGCCACAGCGGCGUAUUAUCCGACUUUUGAUCCAAUUAGUGUUUUAGCAUCAUUAGCAUUUUUAGCAUUUUUAUUGCAAUCCUUUGCAUCAUUAUUUGAUCAUUCAAGAUCAAUUGUACCAACAAUGAUUAAUAGUCGUGAAUCAUCAACACAAUUGAAAAAUGUGGGAAUUACAAGACGUAUACUACAUGUAUCAGAUGAUUAUGUAAGUACCUUUUCAUUUUUACUUACACAGAUGUAUUAUGUUAAUUAUAUUAACAUACCUGUGUUGUAG